UUGACGGAGCGGGACGCCGCAUAACACAGCUGACAGUCGGGGGAGAGCUGGGUGAUCGUCGCGUUAGUUGUUUGCUCGCUCCGGGAGUUUAGUUCUAUCGGCCUGCGAUCACAGCUCUGCACUCCGGGGGGGGGGGACGACUUUUCCUUUAUGAGUCCAACGAAAAAGACUCUGCCGUCACCAUGCCGAACGCGUCCGGAGCCACACUUUGCCUUUGUUUCUUGACUGUUUUCGUGGGAACUUGCUCGGCCGCGGGAGGUUUCGACAAGGACGCGUUCACCAUCCAGCACUCGAGCACGCGCACGUGUCUGACCACAGGCGCGUCUUCCACCCCGAGUCUCGCCCCCUGCGACCCCGACGGCAGGUCCCAGCUGUGGAAGUGGGGCUCGAACCACCGGCUCUUCCACGUGGACACGUCCCUCUGCUUGGCGCUGGACGUCCGCUCCAAGGAACUGUCCCUGGUGGAUUGCGGCUCCAACGUCCUGCUGUGGUGGCGGUGCCUGGACGGCGCCGUGUACACCGUUUACCAGAUGGGCCUGGGGGUCAGCGAGGGCAAGGUGUCCGCCAAACGGGACAGCAACGACACGUGGGUGAGAGGGGCGUCCCGGGACGACAUCUGCCAGCAGCCGUACCGGGUCGUCCACACCAGCGGUGGGAACUCCGCCGGCUCCCCCUGCGAGUUCCCCUUCAAACACAACGGCAGCUGGCAUCACGGGUGCCUCCCGGAUCCCGACCUCACUGGGCUGUCGUGGUGCGCCACCACACCGGACUACGACCGAGACCGAAAAAACGGAGUCUGUCUAACACCUGAGGAGGGUUGCAAGACUCUCUUCGCCGGGCCGGAGGGCGACUCCUGCUACGAGUUUGUCUCCGGUGUCGCGGUGACCUGGGAGGAAGCUCUGGAUUCAUGUAGGAGUCAGGGAGCCGACCUGCUGAGUGUGUCCCGGCCCGAAGACCUCCACUCCAAAACCCUGUUGGACGGCCUGGACGGGAUGCCUGAGAGGAUGUGGAUCGGCCUUCACCAGUUGGACGCCUCUCAUGGCUGGCAGUGGUCAGAUGGCUCCCCGCUAACGACCCUGCGCUGGGAAACAGGAAUGCCGUCCACCGGGCUUUUGGCGUCCGACUGCGGAGUCCUGAACUCCAAACAGAGCUACGAGUCCGAGCAGUGCAGCCAAAAGCUGCCGUACGUCUGCAAGAAGAGUUUUAACGCCUCCCACGUGGCGGCCGCGGAGACUUUGCUGUACGACUCGACGGUGUGCGCAGGAGACUGGGUCCCGUGGAACGGCUGGUGCUACAAGUUGGUGAACCAGGCUAAAAACUUCACGGACGCUCGGAUCCACUGCAGCCAGCCAGAGGAGGGAGUCCUGGGCUCUCUGGCCAGCCUCCACUCCGUCGACACCAUGGAGAUGAUCAGUACUCAUUUCCAUUCGGACGGCAACGCUUUGAACGUGUGGAUCGGACUGAUGGGUGUUGGCGUGAACCCCGCUGUCUUCAAGUGGAUCGACCACGCACCCGUCACCUUCACCUACUGGGACCAAAACCAGCCGGUGCAGCCCGCUGUAGACCCCAGCUGUGUCUUCUACUCUGGAGAGCAUCACGGUUGGCGGGUCGGCGACUGCACACUGAGGCGACCUUUCAUGUGUCAGACCAAAGGAGAGGCCAAUAAAUCUGCGACACAGACCGGAUGCCGCUUUGAGGAUGGUUGGAGGCGACACGGCAACUCCUGUUAUCAAGUGAACCCCAAUCAAGUGUUCUUCAAAGACCGAUGCAACAUCACCGUGAAUAACCGGUUCGAGCAGGCCUUCAUCAGUCGUCUGCUGAGAGAGCAGAUCGAGGCGGAGCCUCAGUAUUUCUGGCUGGGCCUGCAGGACGUCAAUAACACGGGAGAGUACCAGUUUGUGAGCCGGAACGGGACACCCGGUGUGGUUCCAUACACCAACUGGGGCGUGUUCCAUCCACAUCUGGAUGGAAGCUGUGCAGUGAUUUCUAAGCUCUCGGGCAAGUGGGACGUGAGGAACUGCACCACUUUUAAGGCCGGCACCAUUUGUAGGACGGACCUCGGCCCACCUCCACCCCCAGAGCCAGAGCCCAACCCCAACGCAACCUGCCCUGAUGGAUGGGUGUCCAAAGUGAACAGCAUGUACUGCUACAAGGCGUUUCACCAGGAAAGGCUGAGCAGGAAGCGCUCCUGGGAGGAGGCCGAGCGCUUCUGUCUGGCUCUGGGCGCCAACCUGCCCAGCUUCACCAGCAACUAUGAGAUGAGGGUCCUGCACAGCAUCCUGAGAGACUCCAUUAGUGAUAAUCGGUACUUCUGGGUCGGCCUGAACAGAAGAAACCCAGCGGAUCGCUCGUGGCAGUGGAGCAACGGCCAGCCUGUUUCUAUGGACAUUUUACAACAAGACUUCCAUGAGGACGAUGCAUACGAUCGGCACUGCACUGCAUUCAAGACUUCAAAGAGCACCUUGAAACACCUGUUUGUGUUUCUGCUGCACGACUUGCCUCCCACGCCGUUCUACGCCACGCCGUUUCACUGCGACGCCAGGCUGGAGUGGGUCUGCCAACUGCCCCGCGGAAAGACGCCAAAGACGCCAGAAUGGUACAAUCCCGGUGGACACCACGAGAGCUCAAUCUUCGUAGACGGAGCCGAGUUUUGGUUUGUCGAGGAGCCCAAGCUUUCUUUUGAGGAGGCGACGCUCUUUUGCAGUAUGAACGGCAGCAGACUGGCUGCACCGAUCACCUCCACCGCUGUCGGAAAGAUCCAGCAGCACCUCAAAGAGAUGUCGGGUUCUUCCUCACAAAGCUGGUGGAUCGACCUGAGAGAACCCGGCCGGAUAUUCCCCAUGACGUACAACCAGAUGUACUUUUACCAUUCGAUUCUCCUGGGCCGAUGCACCACCAUCAGCCCUGAAGACUCCUUCCCCGACCACGACCAGAGUUGCCGCCUGCCUUUGUCCUUUGUGUGCGAGAGACACAACGUCACGUCAGUGGAGAUAAACCCUCUGGAGCCGCGGCCUGCAGGAAAGUCGUGUGGAAACGAAUCUCUGUCCUUCAGAAAUAAGUGCUACACGUUGAUGCGGAGCCAGAAGCCCGUGUCAUUCGCGUAUGCCAGUGGGGUCUGCCAGUCGGUGAGAGGAACCCUGGUCACUAUAUCUGACCAGGCGGAGCAAGACUUCCUCACCACCCUUUUGCCAAAAAUGAGAAACAUGGACAGGAUAUGGAUCGGUCUGAAACUCAAAUAUGGCAACCCGGAAUGGGUGGACCAGUCCCCAGUUGACUACGUCAACAUUAACCCCCUGGUUCUGGGCAUGCACAGGGACAUAAAAGUCAACACAUGGGAUGUGGACAGCAUGGAUUUGUGUGUGUUUUUGAUCAAUAACCCCAAUUCUGCCAUGCUGGGUACCUGGGACUAUUCCUCCUGCACACAGUUUCAGAACCUGGCCUUUUGCCAACACUAUGCAGAUAAACCAGUGGAACCCCACGUCCCGAAGGAGAGCUUCACGGUCAACAACCACACCAUCCUGCUGCUCGACAGAAACCUCACCUGGUUUGAGGCCUUGGAGCAGUGCAGGAAAAACAACAUGGACCUGGCGAGCGUGGCCGACACCUUCCUGCAGGCCACCCUCACUGUGUACGUGAGCAACGCACGCAAGCCCAUGUGGAUCGGCCUCUUCAGCGAAGACGACGGGAUCCACUACCGCUGGACGGACCACAGUCACACCGUAUUCAGCCGCUGGUCCUCUGACGUCACCGGUGGCUCCUGCGUCUACCUGGACAUCGACGGCUUCUGGAAAGCCACAGAGUGCGAGGAGGUGCUGGGAGGUGCUAUCUGCCACAAACCACAUGAGGAGAUCAUCACCACGCCGGAGGAUGUCGCGGUCAAGUGCCCCCACAAGAUUAAUGGUCCAAACUGGAUCCCCUUCAAGAACAACUGCUACUCCUUCAAGCUGGUCUCCACCAGGUGGGAGCCGUUUGACCAGGGACAGAUUCUGGAUACCUGCAAGACACUACACGCAAAUGCAGACAUCCUGACCAUCCGAAACGCAGAGGAGAACGAGUUCGUUAAGCAGCAGCUCUUACCGUUCCAAAACCUGGUCCAGUUCGUGUGGCUGGGGCUGUUCAAGGACGACAACGAUAACCAGAUCAAGUGGUACGAUGGCACGAAUGUCCAAUACUCCAACUGGGCCAAUGGCAGACCGGACGUAGACGGCGCGUUCAUGGCCGGUCUCACCGCCUCGGGCACCUGGAUGCUCGUCUCGAACCGAAAGCUAUUUGCACAGUUCAAACAAAUGAGCAUCGUGACGUGCAAACUGGACAACGAACCAAAACAGCGGUACAACCUGUCCUCCGCCGAUUUCCAACACUACGGCAACCUAAGUUACAAGGUGGUGACCCGCAAACUGAGUUGGCACCAGGCUCUGGAAGCGUGCGGUCAGGGUGGAGGCCACCUGGCGAGCAUCCACGACAUCCAGCACAGCGCGCAUGUGAAGCUCAUCGCCCAGACGGACGGCUUCCCGCUCUGGAUUGGCCUGUCCCACCACGAUGUUAGCGACUCCGCCUUUGAGUGGUCCGAUGGAACAACAUUUAACUACAAAGCCAGCAUCACUGACUCGCGGGAAAGCCCCGCCUCAAACGAAGCCAGCUGUGUGCAUGUGUCCCCCGCUGGCGACUGGCUGAAGGCCAGCUGCAAUAAGUUAUUGGACGGAGCCAUCUGCUACACCACCGCCAUCACCACCGCUUCCCAGAGAGCCAAAACGCAGGCGCCCCCAGAGGCGAAAGGCUGCCCCGGGAGCAGCGGUGUGUCCAAGUGGGUGCAGCACGAGGGGCACUGCUACGCCUUCGACAUGAGCUUCUACAACUUCCACGUGCACAGCAUGGAGCAGGCCAAGAGCCUGUGUCAGAGCAUGGACGCAAAACUCCUGAGCUUGAAAACCAAAGAAGAGAACGACUUUGUGUCAAAGUACAUGUUUGAUGACCCUCUCAUCACCAGUCGCGUGUGGCUCGCCAUGGACGUCAACGCUGAAGGGAAACCUUUGUCCUGGCAGGACGGCUCGGCUCUGUCUUUCUCCAACUGGGCGCCCGGGGCCUUGGUGGCGGGAAAGAAGCCUACUCCCCGCUGUGCCGUCAUGGUGGCGGGAGAUGAUGGAGUCUGGAAGCUUGUCAGCUGCAAUGACAGCUACAGUCGCGUUGUCUGCACAACCGAAGCAAAGUCCGGAGGCUCUCCCGUGGCGUUGGGUCUCUUCGUCGUGGUCUUCCUCGCUUUCCUGGGAGCCGUGGCCUUCAUCCUCUACAAGAAGAGAGGAGGCCGCUUCUCCUCCGCCGUUCGCUACAAGAGGACCUACGAUGACGCCGACGGCGCCAGCAUAAUAGAAGCUGACUGAGCCCAAGUAGAAAGCCUCAGGGGGCCCUGGGGGGCCUCGAGUGCAUUUUUAGUUAUUUUUUGGUAAGCGCAGAUGCAGCCUUUCCCGUUCUUAAAUUAUUUAUUUAUGCCGCUUAAGCCUGCAGACUUUCUUCAGUUGUGUUUAAAGUGUAAAUAUUGAAUUCUGAAAAUCUGCCAAUUGAGUAUCGUGAUUUGGGUUAUUUUAGAUUGAGUUUAUUGAGAUUCCUGUGUUAUACCUAAUGUAAAUACUGGGACUGAUUCUCUGGGAAAUAUUGAUCAUUAGCCUCAUUGGGAAAGGUUUUUAUUUUUUUAUUGCAAAAUAAUUUAAGUUGACUCCCUCCCUUUCUGCUUGGUUGCACUGAUGUAUGCGUGACUUCAAACUAUCAGGAACAGAUGGUGCAUUCAUUAGUUUCUUCUGUACGUGAUACUCUUUUUUUUCUACUGGAAAGCAUUUUAUUUUUACCCGAUUACAAUUAAUGAAUACAUAAAGACCUGUCCACCUGAAAAUACAGUAAGAUGUCGCUCUAUAUUUAAUAGCGUUUUUACUAGGACAGAAAAUGUUUUACCAGGUUUUUGACUGUGCCUUUUAACAUCGUUAUUCCUUACUGCAGAACUAGUUUAAACCAGUUGAUAGGGUUAUUUUCAGUGUGUUUUUUUUGGCCUGCUACUUAAAGUGUCGGACACUGUCCUUGCCUCAUCUUUUUUUGUUUGUAUGAAGUGUCGGGUGUAUGUAGAUCCAACUUUCCUAUGCACUUAACUACUGAGCAAGAACGCACUUUAAUAAGUCACAGAGCCACUGUUCCUACUGUGUUUAAGCACAACCGGGUUCGGAGAGUUUUUAGAGAUGUUCAAGUUGCACUGGCUGUUUGCGGCAAAUGCUUUUGUAAAUAUGUUUUAUAACUGACAAUGAACCAAAGACGCUCAGAGUUGUUUGAGCUUUCCUUUCACUUUGCCGGCCUGCCCGCAGCCCGGCUUGUUAACUCAUGUAAACCAAAAUGUUUGUUUAAAAAAAAAAAGUGUGCGCAAAUCGGUUUCCUUCCAAUAAAACGUCCUGCCUUCAAAGCC